AUGACACAGAGGUCUUCACAGUUCGAUUUCGCUGAUCAUUCACAUAGAAGAUACAACCCACUGACAGAUUCAUGGGUCUUGGUAUCACCACAUAGAGCCAAAAGGCCUUGGCUAGGACAGGAAGAGAGUCCUUCAAAACCCAACGCUCCAGAAUACGAUGCUGCUUGCUACCUGUGUCCUGGUAACCUCAGGGCUUUUGGCGACUUCAAUCCUUCUUAUUCGUCAACUUUCAUAUUCACCAAUGAUUUCCCAGCGGUGAAGGCCAAACAGCCAGAAAUCAAUAGCACUGACAGCCCAACCUCGCUCAAGUCCCGACUCUUGAAGACUCAGUCGGUGGAAGGACAGUGUUUUGUCAUAUGUUUUAGUCCGAAGCAUAACUUGACUAUACCUUUAAUGACGUUCGAGGCUCUAAUAAAGGUUGUCGGGGCAUGGACAGACUUGUACCGCUGGUUGGAAAAGGAAGCUGCGAUGGAGAACAAGCCGUACAAAUAUCUACAAAUAUUCGAAAAUAAGGGCACAGCCAUGGGCUGCUCCAAUCUACACCCACAUGGCCAAGCUUGGUGUUUGAGUACAGUACCCAGCGAAGUUGAACAAGAAUUCAGAGCAUUCAAGAAAUAUCUUCACCAGCAUUCCAGCCAUUUGAUGGGUGAUUACAUCACCUUGGAACUUCAAGAGCGAGAGCGAAUUGUGCUCGAAAACGAAACAUUCCUGGUGGUCGUACCUUACUGGGCAGUGUGGCCAUUUGAAACUCUCGUCGUCAGUAAGCCGCAUUUGACCUCACUCGUUGAAUUUAGCGAUGCUCAAAGAAAGGACUUAGCUUUAAUUAUAAAGCAAUUGACUGUAAAAUACGAUAACUUGUUUGAAACCAGCUUCCCUUAUUCUAUGGGCCUGCAUCAAGCUCCGCUAAAUGCAAAUAUGAAAGAAAGAGCUAAUUCAUGGUUCCACAUGCACUUUUACCCACCUUUACUAAGAUCAGCUACAGUACGCAAAUUUUUGGUAGGAUUUGAGCUUUUUGGGGAGCCUCAAAGAGAUUUGACGGCAGAGCAAGCAGCCCAUCGGCUGAGAUGUUUGGAUUCAGGAGUUCACUACUCUCAAAGAUCGUCCACAUCUUGA